AUGGUCCUCGAGGUAUCCAGCGUCAAUUUUCGAGAAGCGCCUUCAUCCAUUUCCUUUUCUGGAUCUGGUUUUCUGGCCACCUACCAGUUGGGGGUUGCCCAGUGCUUUCUCCAUAAUGCACCAUGGAUACUACGCAAGGCACCGUGUAUCCUCGGUGCAUCAGCGGGCUCUUUGGUAGCUGCUGCCGUUGUCUGUGAAAUCAACCUGAUUACGAUGAGAAAUGAGAUGCUGCACUUUGCAAAAGCAAUGAAGGACUUUACACUUGGACCGUUCAACCCCUCUGUUGAUGUUUUGUGCUGGUUAAAGUAUGUUUUGCAUAAAUAUCUUCCCACUGAUGCACAUCUCCUUGCAAAUGGCCGCCUCACUGUGGGUGUGACCCGCCUGGAUAAUGGCGAGUACACCGUUAUAACAGAGUACCAUUCCAAAGAUGAUGUUGUACAGACUCUCCUUUGUAGCUGCUUUGUCCCAGGAUAUUGCGGCAUGCAGCCUCCCUCCCUGAAUGGAGUACAUUAUAUGGAUGGAGGUUUCAGCAAGAUCCAGCCAGUUCUGGCACCACCUAGCCGUACUUUAACAGUGUCUCCAUUCUCUGGAGAGACUGACAUUUGUCCCCCAGACCAACCCUGCAUGUUGGACAUGGUGGUGACUGGGCUCACCUUAAAGGGCAAUUUGGCUAACGGCUUAAGAUUCUGGAACGCACUCUACCCCAUAAAGCCAGAGACGGUGGAGCAAGCCUAUCACAGUGGCUACAAAGAUGCCAUUCAUUUUCUUCUGGGCAAUGAGCUUGUGUCAAACAUAAAAAGGAUCGCAAUUUCUCAAGAACUAGACAGCUACUUUCACACAAAAACGCAAAAAUUUGGAGAGACCACUCCAGAGGAAGAAGAGGAUGAUGAAAUGGAGACAACAGCAUUGUCCUUUCUCCAAAAUAAUGAAAGCAAGCGGUCCAACACUUCUGCUGAACUUCAAUCCACAACUGGAAAACUAAGAGUGACAGAACGUCCUAACUCUUUGGACAAUGCAAAGAAUGGUAUCCACUCAUUUGAAGUUACACUUAGCUGA